ACGGUGUUAAGCGGAUCUUUGGCGUCAAAUCACGAAUUUUACGGAGUGCCGUAUCGCUCUUUAAUCGAAAACCCCACCAAUGCGUCCCAGUAACAGAUAAACUGAGCGCUAUAAGAGGAGGUCUCACAGUCAGAUGUGGAGACAGACAGAGAGAGACAUACAUACGCAGUCUGCUGGAGAGUUCUUCUUGACCGCCCUUCUUAUAGUGCCUGAUGUGUAAGGGGCUCUCUGCAAUACCCUCAUCAUGCCUGGAAAAGGCAAAAGGAAUGCGAGUGAAGUUAACUCACCUGGCAGAGAAACCUCACAAACACAGGUCCCAGGAAGAGAAGCCCCCUCAGGAUCUGGAGUCCCUGCUCAGCAGCAAGACAGGGCUGCAGGCGUUCCGCUGGUUUCUGCGCUCUGAGUUCAGCGAGGAGAACCUGGCCUUCUGGCUGGCCUGCCAGGACUACAGGAACACACCUGAGCCAAAACGGGCCACCAAGGCCCUCAACAUCUACAGCCGGUUCAUCAACUCCGAUGCCCCUCAGGAGGUGUGGCGAUGCUCACAGGUGAAUCUGGACGGUCAGACCCGGGAGGCAUUACUGGGGUCGCAGGAUGAAGCCGCUGCAGACGUGUUCGACAGCGCUCAGCAACGCAUCUUCACUCUGAUGGCCAAAGACUCCUUCCCCCGCUUCCUCCGCUCGUCCCACUGCCGGGACUUGCUCAGGGCUCUGUGAACCACAGCACCCCUGCUGGCCUGGAGGAAACACGGCACUUUCUCUGGAUUUGUGUAAGAUCAUAUCUGCAUACUUGAGAAGCAUUCAGUUAAAAAUAAAGCAAUUGUCAGUAAUACAUUUUGGCAUCGAUAUUACAAAGUUAUUCUUUAAGAAUUCAGUGCAUCAAUAUUGAAUGCAGCAAAAUAUUGACAGUUUUCUCAGCAAUAAUUCUUAGUAAUAUUAAAAACUUGUUUUUCCUAAUGUAUUGAGUGAUCCUGUACAUUGAGUGAUGGGUUAUCUUAACUGGUGGUGAGCUAAGUUAAAUCCUGGAAAGGUGAAAGAUGUAUCAGAAACAAUAACAAAAUGAGAGUUUUUUUGUUAUAGUUUUUGAUGCAGAGGCUGUGUGUAUUACAUCUGAUCUGUGGCUAUAAUACAUUUCC